AUGGCAAGCGGGCCGCUAGACCUGAAAAAAGUCGGCACGGACAGCAACCCACAGAUCGAGGCAGUGCCCGACACAAGAGAAUGUCUUGAUGAAGAUGUAUCGCAGGACGUUAAGGAGGGAUUCACAGUGCAUGACCAAAGGGACAUGCAUCGGAUGGGUAAAAAGCAGGAAAUGAGGCGAAACUUCCGGCUCAUCAGUACCAUUGGCUUCACAACAUGUAUUAUGGGAACCUGGGAGAAUGUGCUGACUUCAACCUCCCAGGGCUUAAGGGCAGGUGGGCGACCAUGUCUGUUUUGGUCCCUGGUUUGGGCAUGCUGUGGGCAGCUUUUUAUCGUUCUUUCUUUAGCUGAAAUGUCCUCCAUGAAAUAUCAAAGGUUUCUUAGCUAUGCCUCCGGAUGGCUUUCCGCACUCGCUUGGCAGAGCGCAGUGGCAUUCAACUCCUAUCUGACCGGAACAAUGAUACAGGGCGUGAUCUUCUUGAAUCGUGAGACAUAUGCACCGGCUCGUUGGCAAGGAACCUUGAUCGUCUCUGCAGCGUCCAUUGGUAUGAGUCUUUUCAAUAUAUUUGCUGCGAAACAUCUUCCACUUGCCGAGGGCAUCUUCGUCACGUUCCACUUCUUUGCAUUUGCUCCAAUCAUAGUCACAUUACUCGUUCUUGCUCCCAAGGCCAAAGCACAAGACAUUGAGGACGCUGGUAUUACAGUUCCUAAAGCAAUGAUACUGUCAUUUGUCCUAAAUGUACCAUUGGCCAUGGGUUCAGUUCUAACAUAUCUAUUUAUAAUGCCUGACGUGCAAGACGCUCUCGACUCCCCUGCUGGUCUACCAUUUAUCUAUGUAUUCUCCGAGGCCACGAAGAAUGCAACCGGUGCAAGCGUACUAGUCUUGGUCAUCCUCCUCUUAUUUUUCAUGAUAACUAUUAGCUGCACGGCGUCAGCAUCACGACAGACAUUCGCCUUUGCUCGGGAUAAUGGCCUACCCUUCUCUAACUGGCUUGGAGCUGUCCACGCAACACUCCAUAUCCCCGUCAAUUCGAUUAUAAUAACGUGCGCUUUCUCACUAAUCAUGUUCUUGAUUAAUAUUGGUUCCGGCGUCGCAAUGAACGCCUUGCUAUCACUAGCUACCAGCCCUCUCAUGGGUACAUAUAUGAUCUGCAUUGCUUGCGUUAUCGUGCGUCGCAUAACGAAAUCUCCACCACUACCCCCUUCCCGCUGGUCGCUUGGUCGAUUUGGAAUGUCAAUAAAUAUACUAGCUCUGGUAUAUGCUUCGUGGGCAUUCUUCUGGAGUUUCUGGCCUGUGAACCGUCAAGUCACGGCCGAAACUCUCAAUUGGGCACCGGUUCUGUUUGUCGGAGUAAUGGGAAUAUCUGGGGUUUUGUACUGGCUGGUUGCGCGGAAGGUCUAUGAAGGCCCUGUUGUUAAGGUUGAAGGCCUGAAGUUUCAUUAA